CUUUAAAAUUUCAAAAAUACAAAAAAGGUUUUUAUCAAAACCAAAACAAAAACAUCCUGUUAAGCUUGCAAAAAAAGAUAAUAAAUAUAAAGAAUUAUUUUAUGCAAAUGAUAAAAUUAAAUCUGAUGUAGCUGAAUUGAUUAGAAGGCCACAAAAUAUUUCAAAAAGAAAAUAA